UUUGGGCUCAGGAAGGAAGACAAGUUGCCCAAGAUCGAAGCAAAGUAGAAGUGGAGCUGGAUGGAGAGCCAGAGGCCGGACCCAGAUUUUAUCCAUUACCCCAUCCUCAUUCAAGCAAUGGAGUGCCCCAGAGCAAGCUGACCCCACCCCCUCACUCCAAGGUAAAACGAAUCCGUAGACAACCUAAGAAAAAAGCAGAGCGUCUCUCUUGACCACACUGAGAUCUGGGUGAACGGCGGAUGCUUAGACACUGACAUUUCUAAAAGGUGCAGAGUAAGAAAAUUGAAGUCAAAGACCAUGGGAGAUGCACCAAAACCUUAUUUUGUGAAACGUGCUAAAGACCGAGGGACUAUAGAUGAUGAGGAUUUCAGAAGGGGUCACCCCCAGCAAGAUUAUUUAAUAAUGGAUGAUUAUGCUAAAGGCCAUAGCAGUAAAAUGGAAAAAGGCCUUCCAAAAAAAAAAAUAACACCAGGGAACUAUGGGAAUACCCCCAGAAAAGGACCAUAUGCUGUUUCCGGCAAUCCCUAUGCAUUUAAAAACCCAAUUUACAGUCAACCCGCUUGGAUAAAUGACAACCACAAAGAUCAGAGUAAGAGAUGGCUCUCAGAUGAACUUGCUGGUAAUUCAGACAGUCGGAGGGAAUUUAAACCUGGACCUAGAAUUCCUGUUAUAAACCGACCAAGAAAAGACUCCUUUCAAGAAAGUGAGGAUGGAUAUAGGUGGCAAGAUGGAAGAGGCUGCCGAACUGUAAGACGACUACUUCAUAAAGACUUGACAAGCCUAGAAACAAUGUCAGAAAUGGAAGCGGGAAGCCCUGAAAACAAGAAGCAGAGGUCCAGACCUCGGAAGCCACGUAGGACUAGAAAUGAGGAAAAUGAGCACGACGGAGACUUGGAAGGCCCCGUGAUUGACGAGUCUGUGCUUUCAACGAAGGAGCUCCUGGGCUUACAGCAGGCAGAGGAGCGAUUAAAAAGAGACUUCAUUGACAGGCUUAAAAGGCGACCAAGAAACUACCCUACAGCUAAGUACACCUGCAAACUUUGUGAUGUUUUAAUUGAAUCCAUUGCAUUUGCCCAUAAGCAUAUCAAAGAGAAGAGGCACAAGAAAAAUGUUAAGGAGAAGCAAGAGGAAGAGUUGCUCACUACGUUACCCCCGCCUACACCCUCCCAGAUAAAUGCAAUUGGUAUUGCCAUUGACAAAGUGGUACAGGAGUUUGGCUUACACAAUGAGAACUUGGAACAGAGACUAGAAAUUAAACGUAUCAUGGAAAAUGUGUUCCAACACAAGUUACCAGAUUGUUCUCUGAGAUUAUAUGGGUCAUCCUGUAGCAGAUUGGGUUUCAAAAAUUCAGAUGUAAAUAUCGACAUUCAAUUUCCAGCCAUUAUGUCUCAGCCAGAUGUUCUCUUACUUGUUCAAGAAUGUUUAAAGAACAGCGACUCUUUUAUUGAUGUUGAUGCAGACUUCCACGCUAGGGUGCCAGUGGUGGUGUGCAGAGAAAAGCAAAGCGGUCUUCUUUGUAAAGUGAGUGCAGGAAAUGAAAAUGCUUGUUUGACAACAAACCAUUUAACUGCCCUUGGAAAACUUGAAAACAAGCUGGUUCCUUUGGUGAUUGCCUUUAGGUACUGGGCAAAGCUUUGUAGUAUAGAUCGCCCUGAAGAAGGAGGUUUGCCGCCAUAUGUGUUUGCCCUGAUGGCCGUUUUCUUUCUUCAACAGAGGAAGGAACCUCUUCUGCCUGUUUAUCUAGGAUCAUGGAUUGAAGGAUUCUCAUUGAACAAACUAGGGAACUUCAACCUUAAAGAUGUUCAGGAAGACAUCGUGGUGUGGGAAUACACGGACAACGCUGCUGGGGAUCCAGACACAGCAAAAGAAGACACGCCAAAAGAAGUGCCAGUUAAAAGGGGACAGGUAUCAUUAAUAUUUGAUUUCAAGCACCUGCCAUCAGUACCAGUUGGGCAGCUCUGGGUGGAAAUGCUUCGAUUCUAUGCUUUAGAAUUUAAUUUGGCUGAUUUAGUGAUCAGUAUUCGCGUCAAAGAAUCUGUAUCUCGGGAAUCAAAGGAUUGGCCCAAAAAGCGCAUUGCCAUUGAAGAUCCCUACUCUGUUAAAAGAAAUGUGGCAAGGACUCUAAAUAAUCAACCCGUGUUUGAAUAUAUACUUCAUUGUUUAAGGACAACGUAUAAGUAUUUUGCUCUUCCACACAAAAUUACAAAAUCCAGCCUUCCAAAGCCUCUGAGUACUGUCACCUGUCUUUCCGAACAUUCUAAAGAAGUAGCCAAGCAUGACCUGGGUGCACAAACAAAAGAUGAUAAACAAAGCUCAGUUUUGGCUCAAGGGCCAGGUGCUGCCAGUUUGACUGCAGACACCUGCACGGUCCAGCCGCUGACUCUCAAAGAGACCACCAAACGCUUUGGAAGCCCCCCAGCGGAGGAAAUGGGAAAUGCGCAUGUCGGCGUCCACCUGGAAAACCCAGACUGUAUCAAGGCAUGGGCCAGUUGUGAUGACCAUGAGGGUAUUAAAGAACACCAUCCAGAAGCAGGAAGUGAAGUUGGGAGAGAGGGCAGGCAUCCUUUAACUGCCGACGAUCAAGGUUUAUGGAGUAGCAGACACGGAGAGCCUGUCAUCUGUGGCAGCACACAAAACAAUGAGACAGAGAGCACUUUGGACUCAGAAGGCUUCCAAAAUCCUGCAGCCAAAGAGUGUGAUGGAUUCACUGCUUCACAGGACAGGGCUGAUGCCGACGAAGGAGGCAUGGAAGGUACUGGUGAUCUCGAAGGUGCUCUAAGCCACUUCGCCCCUUCCAGACAGGGUGGUACAUCGGGAGUCAUCCAUUCCGAUGAAGACGAGGAGGAGGAAGAGGAAGAGGAUGACGAUGAAGAACCCAGGCUGUCCGCUACCCGAAGGGCAGAUGAGGACGACUUGGCUAAUGAAGAUGAGUUAGAAAAUACAUACACGGGAUCAGGGGAUGAGGAUGCCCUGUCUGAGGAGGAGGAUGAAUUAGGCGAGUCUGCUAAGUAUAAAACCUUGAAAGAAGGUGGAAAACCUGCGGAUGGGGCUCUAUUAAUGGAAUUUAAUAAGAUCUGUCUUAAAGAAGAAAGUGCAUGCGAGGAAAGCUCAACUGUGGAUCAGUCUGAUUUCUUCUAUGAAUUUAGUAAACUCACCUUCACCAAAGGCAAGUCUCCUACAGUCGUGUGCAGCUUAUGCAAGCGAGAAGGUCAUCUCAAGAAGGACUGUCCUGAAGACUUCAAAAGAAUUCAGCUGGAACCUUUGCCACCACUGACACCCAGAUUUUCAAAUAUCUUGGAUCAAGUUUGCAUCCAAUGUUAUAAGGAUUUUUCUCCAACUAUUUUAGAAGAUCAAGCUCGUGAACACAUUCGGCAAAACCUAGAAAGUUUCAUAAGACAGGAGUUUCCAGGAACUAAAUUGAGCUUGUUUGGCUCCUCCAAAAAUGGAUUUGGGUUCAAACAGAGUGACCUUGACGUCUGCAUGACAAUUAAUGGACUUGAAACUGCAGAGGGGUUGGACUGUGUAAGAACUAUUGAAGAAUUGGCAAGAGUCCUCAAAAAACAUUCAGGCCUCAGAAACAUCUUGCCUAUUACAACAGCAAAGGUGCCAAUUGUAAAGUUCUUCCAUUUGAGAAGUGGUCUGGAAGUGGACAUCAGUUUGUAUAACACACUGGCCCUUCAUAACACAAGGCUCUUAUCUGCUUAUUCAGCCAUUGAUCCCAGAGUGAAAUAUUUAUGCUAUACCAUGAAAGUAUUUACAAAGAUGUGUGAUAUUGGUGACGCAUCCAGAGGCAGCUUAUCGUCAUAUGCAUACACGCUUAUGGUGCUAUAUUUUCUCCAGCAGAGGAAUCCACCAGUCAUUCCUGUCCUUCAAGAGAUAUACAAAGGUGAAAAGAAACCUGAAAUAUUUGUUGAUGGCUGGAAUAUUUAUUUUUUUGAUCAAAUAGAUGAACUGCCCACCUAUUGGCCAGAAUAUGGGAAAAAUACAGAAUCUGUUGGGCAGCUAUGGUUGGGACUUCUUCGAUUCUACACAGAGGAGUUUGAUUUUAAAGAACAUGUUAUUAGCAUCAGGAGAAAAAGUCUGCUUACAACUUUUAAGAAACAGUGGACCUCAAAAUACAUUGUUAUUGAAGAUCCCUUUGAUUUGAAUCAUAAUCUUGGAGCUGGAUUAUCAAGGAAAAUGACAAAUUUUAUAAUGAAAGCAUUUAUUAAUGGUAGAAGAGUAUUUGGUAUUCCAGUCAAAGGAUUUCCAAAGGACUGCCCCUCAAAAAUGGAGUACUUUUUUGAUCCAGAAGUGCUAACUGAAGGAGAGCUGGCCCCAAAUGAUAGAUGUUGCCGAAUUUGUGGGAAAAUUGGACACUUCAUGAAGGACUGUCCUAUGAGGAGAAAAGUGAGGCGACGGCGUGAUCAAGAAGAUACCCUGAACCAAAGAUACCCCGAGAGCAAAGAGAAGAGAAGCAAAGAGGACAAAGAAAUUCAGAACAAGUACACAGAGAGGGAGGUGUCGACAAAAGAAGAUAAACCCACGCAGUGCACACCUCAGAAAGCCAAGCCAGUGAGGGCAGCUGUCGACGUGGGCAGAGAGAAAAUUCUCAGGCCACCGGUGGAGAAAUGGAAGAGACAGGAUGACAAAGACUUAAGAGAAAAACGUUGUUUUAUUUGUGGAAGAGAAGGGCACAUUAAAAAGGAAUGCCCCCAAUUUAAAGGCUCUCCAGGUAUCUCUAAAUCAGAUUGUGUAUUCGGAUCCCCUUCUUCACCUAGCCCCUUGAGACCAGCUGGCACAUUUGCUCAGGCAGUGCUUUUACAUGAAGACAAAAAGAAACAAAAAACAACUAUAUUUUUGAGUCCCCAGUCAGCUUGGAGAGAUGCUGUGUUGGUUAGAAUGUGAAGAGACCAGCUGUCUCUGCCAUCAGUUAUUGAGAAAUAGCACUCCCAGCCCCUGGGCAGCCUCGUAGGCCCCGCGGUAGAGAGAGCGCUCCCUGCCUUCACCAGCCCCGUCUGAGAUAAGCCAGGGCGCAGUGAUCUCACCCUGGGAAAGCUCCGAAAGCUCCCAGCAAGGAAUGUUUGAUUGUCUCUACUCCAAAUGAUGUUAACAAGAGAAAAAUAAAUGGAAUUGUUCAAUUAUUUAGCUACUUCGUUUCUGUCAGGAUGGAGAUGAAGUAUCUCGAGUAUAUACAUUAAUCUAAAUAGGAACAGGCAUUUAUUUUGAUGCUGUGUGAACUCCAGGGAUUUUUUUUUUUUUAAAUGAUUGGUGAAAACAUUGAAAGUGGCACCAGAUCUCUUAACAAUUACGAUUUAAGAGGCAUGGGCAUUAGUUUGGUAUAGAGUGAGGUCAGAUGAUUCAAAGAGAAUGAACCAGAACUCUUCAGAGAAGUACCACCCUUACCUAGAGAGGGAACCGUGGCCAUAAGGGUAAAGACGCAGGAGGCUCUAUGAGAAAAUGUAGGAGCAGCUGUUCCCUGGGAAGAUGUCAUUGUUCUCAGUAGAAUGCAUGGACUGGACGGAUGUAAAAACAAGAAAAGUUCUAGUGAGAAAACCCCCCAAAUCCAAUAGAAGUGAAAUGGGACUGGGGCCCUGUCGUGAGACGAUUUGAUUGACAGCGAGAGCGACCACGAAAGACAGAGGAGGAGGCUGACCCGCCGCCUCUGAAAGCCCAGUACUGGAAACGGACUCCGGACUCCGCCACAGUGUUUGCGGUCGCUUCCCUUAGAUCCUCUGAGCGUUUGAGGGUCACACAGUUACCGUACGUAAACAAGCCAAGAGAGUGUUGUUUUUACAAGCUACAGCCUGGAACAGAUUUUUCCAGAACAUUACGCAGAGGAAAAGUACCGAUCCUUGCUGAGUCGAGAUGUGCCUUUUGCCAAGGGUAGGGUGUGGAAGAACAUGGCCUCUGCGGUCAGGUUCAGGAUGUGAUUUCUAGCUCUGUGAUCUUGCAAAACCUGCUUAGACGCCACUUGACUCAGUUUCCUCGUCUGUUACAAAGGGAUAAUAAUACCUGGCUUGUAGGGAUGUUGAGAAAUCCAGGUAAAAGCACUUAGAACGGCACGUGCACGUCGCAGCAGAGCAGGGGUUUGUAGGCGUGGUGACGCAUUGAUAGUCCUGCACGGCGUUCGUCGGCGCGGCUCCUGCUAAAGGCUUUACACGUCUUGAAAGGAGAAAUUUAUUACAAUUUUCUGAAAUUUUUUUUGUAAGUGGGGGAAGAAUACAGAUGUUGGGCAUCUGGACAUACACCUGGAAAUGGCAUUACCAGUUGACAAUAGAUUUCUGUAAUUGUCUUCUGCGUCAAAGACUUACCUAUUUAUAAAUAUUUUCAGCAACUGUAAAACUUAAAGCUUGAAUUUACUACAGAAGAAAAAUUACUACAAUAAACAUACCGACUUUAUACCAGAAAAAAAAAAAGAAAGAAAAAGAAAACAUUUAUGGGUGGUUAAAAUCGAUCUUAAUUAAACUCAAUCAACAACUGUUAAGACUUGUCAGAUUUAUCCACAAUAAAUUUACCGAAAUUGUCUAUA